AACAUAGAACGACGAACAGUCAUGGCGGCGUCUGCGGAGUUACCACCUGUCCCCAUCAUCUUGAAAUCUAUUCGACCUUAUAUGGCUGUUGCCAAGGAACUUGAUGCCAGGGAUCCCAUAGUUUCAUAUUUUUGUCGUCGCUAUGCCAUGGAAGAAUCAGUCAAGGUGAAAGACCGGUCUCCCGAAGUAACACAAUUUCAGUUUGCCCUGAUGGAUCAUCUAGAAAUUAAAAAGAAGGAGUUAGUUGCCUCUUCUCAACCUGAAGUACUGUCGAGUGAUAUUGUUGCAUCAGCUCACAUCGAGGAAUAUGCUUUGAAGUUGUUUGGGUAUGCCGACACUGAAGAUAGAAAAGCAGUCUUUAAUAAGCGUGUUGUGAAAUCCUUCCAUACAGCAAGCAUUCUUUUUGAUGUUAUGCAGUCGUUUGGACCGUUAACUGAAGAGAUUGCGCAGGCCAGAAAAUAUGCAAAGUGGAAGGUAGUUUACAUUCAUGGAUGUCUAAAGAAAGGAGAGACUCCGAUCCCUGGACCAGCAGGAGGACAAGAAGCAGAAGGAGCAGAAGGAGGUGCAUCCUUACCUCCUCCUUCAAGUCUCCAACCGGGCCCUCCAGCUCCAGCCCCACAGCAACCAGGCUACCCACCGGCAGGGGCGUAUCCACCUGGAGCUUACCCUCCACCUACCGGUGGUCCCGCUGCUGCUUACCCUCCAACCCAACCACCAUCAGUCAACCAACUAGCACCAGGGGUACCCCCAGGUCAACACGCACCCCCAUCAACCCCAGACCAGGGGGGUGGAUACCAGGCCGGUAUGCCGGGACCAAGUGCAAGUACAUCAGAUGCAUGUGAGGUGUCACCUGCAGUCUCAGACAAGGCCCAGAAAUUCUGUAAAUUUGCCGUCAGCGCCCUCCAAUACGACGACGUUCCCACAGCAAUAGAGAACUUGGAAAAGGCAUUGAGAUUACUUCAAACUGGUAAAGAAUAAGAGAUGGACUUUUACAUGGCAUUUUAUGAAGUAUUGCAUUUGUUGUGAAAGGAUCAACUCUUGUAGGAGUUGGAUAUUAGUUGUGACAUGACUAAGGAUCGUUCACAUUUGAUGGAACGGGCAGCUCCUUUAUGUACUGCAAAAAUAGCAUAUUGGAAAGGAGAUCACUUAAUUGCCAUUGUGAUUGUAUUGAUUAAUACUUACUACUAGAAUAUUAU